UUAACAAUUCUGUGUACAAGUUUUGGAGUUUAGGAGUGAGAGUUACCAAAAAUUCGAUGAGGCAUUUAUUGAUUUAAAAAAAAAAAAAAAAAGUCAGUGAGGUGACAAAUGUAAAAGAAAUGGUAAGGGUGAUAGCAUAUGUCUUUACCUGUAAGGACGUUACAGUUAUAGGUCAGGAAAAUUUAUUCUUUCAUCUUAAACGUGGAGAAGUCCGAGAACUGGGAACUUGGCUGGUGGGUUCUAAUUCUUUUCAGGAGGCGAUCGAUUCCACAGUGUGUGCAAGGCUAAAACUAUGAAUGAGAUGACCCAGGGCUAUACAGUACUGACAUUUGCAUGUCUUACAUAUGGCAAAGAGCGCUUGUGCUAUUUGAGGUCUUUGCUGAAAGAUCUUUAAAUUAGAAGAGAUUAAGAGAAGAUUCGGAAAACUCAAAAGGCAACACCUAGCUUGUUUCAAAUCUUUUUGCUUCCGGCCUCUUCCCGUCUGGCAGCAGCAGGCACAGGGAUGGUGUUGUGGGAACUGCAAGGGGCAGGUGUUGGAAGAUCUGGCUUCCAGGCAAAGCUGUCUGCCUUGGGUGGUGUGGAACCUGAGCAGGACCCGUGCUUGUGUUGCCAUGGCUGUGGACAGGGAAUAAGGGCACCUGUGAUUUUUAGUCCCAGCAUCCAGCAUGGCUCUCAGCAGGUGAGCAGGCAGUGCUUUUUAAGCAAUGGACAGAUGAAUGAGUGAUUGUGAGACUGGCCAUGCCACAAAGUGGAAAUGGGUGUAAUGUUUUUAUUGCUUCAUUAUGCUUGUGCCCUGCAAUAAUUUUGCCCAGUUCCACCUUCAGGGAACUGAAGGAAAGAUUACCAACUGGCCCAGAGAAUAACUUCUCCCAGGCCUCAUUGACAAUCAGAUUUGGAAUCCUGGUCCAAAACUAUCACCAGAAAACUCCUCAGAAGCAACCUUGGGUCAUCUACUUUAACCUCUCUAUUUUGGACCACAAGUUUUAAAUCACUUCAUCAAUGGCUUUAAGAGAGCCUAGACCCACCUAGGAAUGGCUUCCCUAAAAUCUAGGUUUCUUCUCACUCUUACACAGGUUUCAAGUCUUCCUCAACUAGAAGCUUGCCCUGGCAAAUAGUAUGGUGCAGGAGUGAGAUUAGCAAUCUCCAUGAAACUUCCUAGGGAAUGUCUUCAUGCUCCAAAACCAUCUUUGCCUUCAUCUUGGAAACCAAGAUGUAUGUUGGGGCACCCUGCUAAGGCUUGUGGCUUUCCACACAGCUCCACACUGCAGAGAUCCCACGUUGCAUCAAUUCACAACAUCCUACGCUAUUGGCAUGGGUUGUAGAUGCUGGGUUUUGCACCACCCCCCUCCCCCCGCUUCCUUCAUUUAUCAUGAGCAUCCCCCUGGCUGAAACAUCUUUCCUUGCCCAUUUCCAGACUUUUAUUUCCUUCUACCAGCAGAUUAUGUUUCAGGAUUCCAGGGUGAAGACAGGGUGGGAAAUGCAUUUGAGUGUUGGUACCUGGACAAUGAUAAUAAAUGUAGUUAAGUUGAAAUAAUUGAAAUCUAAUGCCUGCUCUCGGAAGUGUAAAAUUUAUUCUUGUAUUAUUAUUAUUAUUAUUAUUAUAAUUCUAUGUCCUAUUCUGAUGUUGUGAAGUUCAGUGGAGAGGUUCUGAAAGACUUUAUCAUUGACCGUUAAAAUUGCAAAGCUUCUUACUGGAAAUAGGCUUUUUCAUUGGUUCUAAGAUAUUCAGUUUUAACUUUUAUAAAUAUUAUAAUACAUUUUUAUAAAUAAGCUCUUGAUAAAUAUUUCUCUUCGGGGCUAAAGAGGAAACUCUAAUCAGCAGCCUACGUGACAACAUAAAAUUGUGAGAUUUUCCACAAAACAUUUAUUCUGCAGUGUAGGGUGGGAGGGCUUAAAAGAGAUAAAUUAAGGCUUUGCCUAAAAGCCAGGGCUGCUCAGCAGUGGUCUUAAGGGAGAAGCUAAGGACUUGUCAGGGCCACCUUGUGCCCGUCACUGGCAUUCAGAGCUCCGAAGACCCAGUGGCUGUGUCAGAGUGGCAUGCGAAUGAGAGGGGAGCUUGUUGGUUAUGAGGUGCAGUACCUGUUGCCGACGGAUGGGCUUGGCUCCCUGACAGACGUUACUGAAAACACGGGUUAUUCCCCUCCUCCUCAAUACCCACUCCCCGCCUUCCUUCUCUUGUUUAGACUAAUCUUUAAAAGUGAUGUAACUUAAAACAGUCCAGUGUGAGUUAAUCUCGGGGGCCAGCUAGUAUCCUGGAGUAGAGGUGACUAAGAUCUUUUGCCUACAGAUGAGGCUAAUGACAAGAUCAAACACUGGGGUUUCCUGCAGGCAGGUAUAUAGGAGUGGUAUCGAAGUCGGGCUAACGGAAUGGGUUUUUCUUCCCUCCUCUUCAGGUGUUGCAGAGCACGAUGGCUGAACAGCUCCUUCCCCAGGCUUUGUAUUUGAGCAACAUGCGGAAAGCUGUAAAGAUACGAGAGAGAACUCCAGAAGACAUAUUUAAGCCAACCAAUGGGAUCAUUCAUCAUUUUAAAUCCAUGCACCGAUACACACUAGAAAUGUUUAGAACUUGCCAGUUUUGUCCACAAUUUCGGGAGAUCAUCCACAAAGCCCUCAUUGACAGAAGCAUCCAGGCCUCCCUGGAAAGCCAGAAGAAGCUCAACUGGUGUCGGGAAGUCAGGAAGCUGGUGGCACUGAAAACGAAUGGCGAUGGAAACUGCCUCAUGCAUGCUGCCUCUCAGUACAUGUGGGGUGUUCAGGACACAGAUUUGGUUCUGAGGAAGGCGCUCUUCAGCACUCUCAAGGAGACGGAUACACGCAACUUUAAAUUCCGCUGGCAGCUGGAGUCUCUUAAAUCUCAGGAGUUUGUGGAAACGGGACUUUGCUACGACACUCGGAAUUGGACCGAUGAAUGGGACAGCCUCGUCAAAAUGGCAUCCACGGAGACACCUGUGGCCCGAGGUGGACUUCAGUAUAACUCCCUGGAAGAAAUACACAUAUUUGUCCUUUGCAACAUCCUUAGAAGGCCAAUCAUUGUGAUUUCAGACAAAAUGCUGAGAAGUUUGGAAUCGGGUUCUAAUUUCGCUCCUUUGAAGGUGGGCGGGAUUUACUUGCCUCUCCACUGGCCAGCGCAGGAGUGCUACCGAUACCCCAUCAUUCUCGGCUAUGACAGCCAGCAUUUUGUACCCCUGGUGACCCUGAAAGACAGCGGACCUGAAAUCCGAGCUGUUCCACUCGUUAACAGAGAGCGAGGAAGGUUUGAAGACUUAAAAGUUCACUUUUUGACAGAUCCUGAAAACGAGAUGAAGGAAAAGCUCUUGAAAGAGUACUUGAUGGUGAUCGAAAUUCCUGUCCAAGGCUGGGACCAUGGCACCACCCAUUUGAUCAAUGCUGCAAAGCUGGAUGAAGCCAACUUACCCAAAGAAAUAAAUCUGGUAGAUGAUUACUUUGAGCUCGUCCAGCACGAGUACAAGAAGUGGCAGGAGAACAAUGAGCAGGAGCGGAGAGAGAUGCAUGCUCAGAAUCCUUUGGAACCUUCCGUUCCCCAGCUUUCUCUCAUGGACGUAAAAUGUGAAACACCCAACUGUCCUUUCUUCAUGUCAGUGAACACCCAGCCUUUGUGCCACGAAUGCUCAGAGAGGCGGCAAAAGAACCAAAGCAAAUCCUCCAGGCUGCACUCCAAGCCAGGCCCUGAGGUGCUCCCGGGCAUAGUGCUUGGGCCCUCCCGGGGAGAGGCCUAUGAGCCCAUGGGCUGGAGCCCCGAAGAGCCAGCUGGGGGACCUCAUUCGGCCCCUCCGACAGCCCCCAGCCUUUUCCUAUUCAGCGAGACCACCGCGAUGAAGUGCAGGAGUCCCGGCUGCCCCUUCACACUGAACGUGCAGCACAACGGAUUUUGCGAGCGCUGCCACAACGCCCGGCAGCUUACUGCAGGCCACAGCCCGGACAGCAUGAGGCACUUAGACCCUGGGAAGUGCCGAGCCUGCUUACAGGAUGUCACCCGGACAUUUAACGGCAUCUGCAGUACGUGCUUCAAAAGGACUACAGCGGAGCCCUCCUCGGGCCUCAGCUCCAGCGUCCCUCCUUCCUGUCACCAGCGGUCCAAGUCAGACCCCUCGCAGCUCAUCCAGAGUCUCUCCCCACAUGCUUGCCGCAGAGCCGGGACCGAGGCUCCCUCCGGCUGCCUCUCUCAGGCCACACGGACUCCAGGGGACAGGACGGGGACCAGCAAAUGCAGAAAAGCCGGCUGCAUGUAUUUUGGGACUCCAGAAAACAAAGGCUUCUGCACGCUGUGUUUCAUCGAGUACAGAGAAAACAAACAUUUUGUCACUGCCUCAACAAAAGCCAGUCCCACGGCCCCCAGGUUCCAGAACGCUGUUCCGUGUUUGGGGAGGGAAUGUGGCACCGUUGGCAGCACCGUGUUUGAAGGAUACUGUCAGAAGUGUUUCAUUGAAGCUCAGAGUCAGAGAUUUCAUGAAGCGAAAAGGACCGAAGAGCAACUGGUGAGACAUUUUGAGCGAUCCAGCCAGCGCAGAGACGCUCCUCGAAGCACCCCGAGUGCCUCCAGGCCCAAGUGUGCCCGGGCCUCCUGCAAGAACAUCCUGGCCUGCCGCAGCGAGGAGCUCUGCAUGGAGUGCCAGCACCUCAGCCAGCGAGUGGGCGCCGGGGUCCACCGGGGCGAGCCGGUUCCCGAGGAACCCCCCAAGCAGCGCUGCCGGGCCCCCGCCUGUGAUCACUUCGGCAACGCCAAGUGUAGUGGCUACUGCAACGAGUGCUUCCAGUUCAAGCAGCUGUACGGCUGAGGGAUGCGGCGGGCUGGCCCAGCCACGGGGCGCCUCGAGCCUUAGCCAGCAUGGUGCUAGCCCCCGAACACUCCUGUGCCGCAGCGGGGAGCUCCAGGGCGGCUUUGAGCCGGGGAGCAAAGAGAAGCUCCGGUCGCUGUCGUCGCCGCCAGCGUUCCCACGUGGCCUUUGAGCAAGAGCAAGGCUAGUGACUGGUGGCAGAUGGGUCUGGUCCUGCCCAGCCGGGGGCUGCUGCUGCUCCUCCUCCUUCUCCUCUCCUCCUCCUCCUCCUCCUCCUCCUCCUCCUCCUUUUCCUCCUCUUCCUCCUCCUCACCUGCCACUUGGAAAGCCAGGAAUUUCAUGGACUUGGGUGCCAGGACGGCUUCAUCAUCUCGGGAAGAAAGGGAGAAGAUGCUCAGGCAGGCGGGCUGGGAAACCCAGAGCCAUUCCACCCGCCCAGCCGCACGUGGGCCUGGCCCAGAGCUGAAGCUCCACGGGCCGCAGCCUUUGGCCGGGAGUCCAGGAAGCUCAGGGAGACCCGACAUGUCCAGAGUGCCACUCGGUGGUGAGUGGCCUUUUCCUCCCCGCCUUGUCUCUUUCCCACGGACAUGGCAGACACAGCCAUCCACAGACUGUGGUUCUGAGGCUGCUGAGACUGAAUAAGUUCACACUGAAAAGCAAACCAGCUGCUCUUUACCGUAUGCACCUUUGAAGAAACAGAAUAUUCUAGUGGGAAGAUGUGUGACUCUUUGAUUAUCACUGUCUUCACUUCUAAAGAAGUUAGCUUGAACUGAGGUGUGCAUAAAAAUGUGUACAUAUAUAAUGUACCCUUAUAUUAUGUAUGAGGGAAUUUUUUUAUUACAUUGAAAUGCUGCCCUAGAGAUUUAAGUAGGAAAACUGAAUAAUAACCUAUUUUCUGGUUGUUGUUGGGGCGCCAUCUGUAUAGAGCUUGCAUGAAUUCAACCAGCUGUCUUGUUAAAGUGAGCUCCCUAUUGUGUCUAUGUAAUUCACUUUAUUUAUUUUAUUUCAAACUUCAAGGUUAUUUAAAUGAAGACGUUUCUUCUGCUCUGGGUAAAGCGCUUGCUGUAAUGUCUUCUUGAAGUAACAUAUUCGUAUUGUCGUCUUUUAGGCGAGUUCCUUAGUACCUUGGGGAUUUGGUCUCUUUGAUGUACCAUGGUUGUCUUCCCUAAGAAAGAAGGAAUUGCAUCAAAGGUGUAGUCAUUAAAAGCUCAUGCUUCUUAAUGAAACUUGGGUCAGAGCCACCUCCUAGCCACCUGCUUUCUGCAGUAGACAGAUGCCUUUGAGUAUCCUACCUCCUUAAAGAUGAGAUUGGGAAGGAAUAGGGAUGAAAUUGGAGGAGGUCACGGGAAGAUGUGACCUUUAAUGAUGGUUUUAUUUGCUGUUUAACACUGUGUCCUGGGGUGCUGGCAGUAACCUCACAUCCAGUGGCACUUUAGCGCCAGGACAGCAAAACCCUGUGACCAUGAGCAUAAGGAAAUUUCUUUUUGUCCUUGGCCUGCAGUUUCUCUAUUUGCUUUAUGUUACCGUCAUACUUGUUCUAGAAAAAGGGGGAAACAAAUUGUCCCUAGAGGUAAAGGCUGCCUUUUUUUUUUUUUUUUUUUUUUGGUCCAGAUCUUAUGACCUAAAAAUAUUAGCAACCUAUAACUCUACACAGCCUUUACUUGUGCUACCUGACAUGUUUGCCACUUGGAGUGCCAUAAGUCUAUUUCCUCAACAUAAAUCUUAAUAAUUUUUUUCUAAAGAUUUCAAAUACUUCAGUGUUCAUCCAGUUCUUCUGAAGUCAAUAUUUUAAUAUUUUGUGUGUAUCGAUAUUUUCAUUCUUAAUGUGAAAAAAUGGAAUUAUUUAUACUUAUUAUAGAAAGCAUUUGAAAUUUGCACAUUUAGUUGUCCCUAAUAGAGAGCUAUUUACUGUUGGAUUCCUUCAAGUUUUCAUAAAUAAGUGUAACUUUUCACAAAAGUCAAUAUUAAAAAAUAAAUUAUUUAAGAAUAAA